GAGGAUCUUCGCCGACGUGGACUCCUCGCGCAAGGCGCGCGACGGCGCCCGGUCUGAGCACGCGUCCGCCAUGCAGGAGUACGGCGUGUGCUGCGGGGAGGCCGAGACGGUGGCGCUCGACUGCCUGCAGGGCAUCAGCAUGAGACCCUCCGACCGCCUGAAGCUGGCGGAGCAGGCCGCGACGCUGAGCAAGCGGGCCAGGCAGGCCGAGACGAGGUACUACGCCAGCGUCGAGGAGGCGAACAAGGCACUGGCAGCUUUCGACGAAAAGAUGCCGACGGCCCUGUCCACGUUGCAGGACAUGGACCAGCAGAGGGCGGAGUGCAUCUGCAGCGGCCUGGGCAAGCUGGUCGGGCUGGAGGAGCAGUGCCUGCGUGACGCGCAGGAGGACUUCGCCGGCGUCAAGCAGGCGCACCAGGCAGCAGACCCCGUGGCCGACAUACAGGAUUUCAUCCAGCGGCACCAGGGCCAGGUCGCGCAGGGCGAGAGCUUCGGCUAUGCGAGAGCCGUUCUACACCUGCGACUCGUCGAGCCACGGCAGCAGGAGCAGCAGGGUGACUGUGAAGCAGCGCUCUGUGGAGGCGUCCACGCACCAGAUGGUCGCGAAGCUGCGGCCGCAGGUGUGCCGCCUCUUCUCCGGGGACCUCAAGCCCUCCGUCGAGGCCGAGGUGAGGGGCCACCUGGAGCAGCUCCGGCGCGGGAUGCCCGACGCGCACCGGCGCGCGGCGGUGGUGCAGGCCUUGUGCAAUGAGGUGCUCACCGUAGACGAGGCCACGCACACGCAGCUGGAGGGCACGAAGCCGGCGGCGGUGGCGCCCGCGGUCUUCGACCCCGUGGUGGCCCUGUUCGAGGCCGGUCUUGACGCGUGCGAGCAGCAGCAGGAUGCGUGGUGCGGGCGAGACCUCAUGGUCCUCGCCCAGCGCAUCUGCAGUGGGGGCAGCUCCCUGCUGUCGAGGCUGUACGACCACGCCCUGUGGGGCAAGGUGUCCUUCUGGGAGAGCGCCAUGACAGUGGGGCUGCUGGAGGCACUGGCGUCCGAGGGCGCCCGAAGGCGCGCGCUGCCGGCAGGA